CUUAAAAUGUGACUUCUUUGGACGCCAUCUCGGUUCAUGUCUGCGUGCUUUAUGGAGUCGCAUUCAAAAGUGGAGCAGCUGAAACAUCACGAAUUUUUGUUUGGUGGUUUGGCUUACUCCAUCAGUGUUAUCGCUCUUUUCCCCUGUUACAAGACUAUUUUCUUCCAGCAACUGGAUGGCGUUUCAUGGCCAGCAGCGUUCGCUCGCCUGAGGCAUGAAGGUCCAUAUCUCGCGUACCGCGGCGUAUUACCUCCUCUGUUACAACGAUGCUCAUCCGGAGCUGUCAUGUUUGGUGUUCAGAGUCUCACAGAGCGGACCUUAUCGCAUCACCCUCUCACAGUCAGCGUGUCACCCACCCUUAACAAACUGAUCUCCUCUGUGUCUGCUGGGUUGUGUGAGGUUCCUUUGAUGCCACUUGAACGUGUGCAAACGCUACUACAAAAUAGUCAUUGCUUCCCUUCGUACCGAAACACAUUUCACACCCUAAAUUCUUUAGUGUGUUCUCACGGAUUGAGAGAGCUUUAUCGUGGUGUCACUCCUGUCAUCCUGAGGAAUACAUCAGCGAACGCUCUCUACUUUAGUGGACACAAAUGGCUCAGUGACCUCUAUGGUUGCGGUGCUGAUCGGGGGCCAAUAGAACGCAGCCUGUUGAAUUUUGCCUUCGGCGCUCUCCUUGGUGGCUUCAUCGGAAUUUUCACCUUUCCUCUCAACGUUAUCAAGACCCGAAUGCAAUCUACCGUCGGUGGUGACUUUGAAACCCUGCGCCACACAUUCACGUCCCUUCUUUACCAUGAUAGCGACCGACCAGAUAUAAGUAGGUUGUAUCGCGGUUUGCCGGCCAAUUUUCUUCGUUCCCUAGCAUCAUGGGGUAUCAUCACUAUGACUUACCACUUCUUGUUGGAGCUCUACUAGCUAGGGGAUAUUUCAUCUCAAAUGUUAUGCGGUUAGAUUCUGUACACUGUAUUAUUGCUCUUCCAUUCAUUUCAAGUGAGACGCCUAAAACCCAGGUGCUUUCAUCCAUUAAACCAACAUGUACAUUUCACCGAGAUUGCUAUUAGUUCUCUUGCCAUUGUGCUCUUUGGCUGCGAUAAGUCUUUUCUACUGUAUGUAUUUGGAGCUCUCUCGUGCUGACUUGAUUUUGUGAUGUAUAUUUUUCCAGCUUUCGGCUUGUAUUAUAUCGUUUUAGUAUCUAGCUUUUUUGUUACGCUUCUUUACUGCACGUUUUUCCAUAAACCCAUUUGCUCUAACAACGCCAUGCUAUGGACUCAAAUUAUCCAUCAUCGCGUGUUUAUCGUUUGCCUCCUCGGUCAGUCGUUUUUCAGUAUUUUUCCUCCUGAUAC